GACCUUGUUGUGGUCCUGGGCUUGAUCCUUUGGCGCCAAAUGUAACCAACUUCCCCCAGUUUUGCUUUUAAACAUUACUGUGAAUUUGCUGGCGAGUGCCAGGUUUUCGUUGUGUUAAUGUUUGUAAUGCUCCCCUGCAAACCUGUCACCCAGGCUGCUCUGGAGUUAACUGCCUGGGUUUCUGGGAAUUUUGCAGCUGUCUGUCAGUGUUCAGGGCUGUGCAGUUUGCUGUGGCUUAGGAUGUGUACCCAGUCCAGUCUGUGAGUGCUGUCCAUUCCUGUGUUUUGACCUGCUUUAUCAUGUUAAAUUUGAAGGGCACACUGUGCGGAAGCCCAUGUCCCUCUGGUGUGGGGGGUUACAAGGCCCUCGUGAGUCUGCCCUUUGAAAUAAGAUCUCACCUGUGUCUUAAUGUGAUAGUACAUUAUGCACAUUUCAAAUAUCUCAUUAGUAAAUAUAUAUUUAGAUGCAAACUGCUAAAUUAUGUGUGAAAUAUGCGUCGCCAAGCUGGAUUUCCUGCACGGCUAUUGGCUAAGAGGUGGAAACGUCACCUCUCAGCCAAAUAGGGAAAGCCGCGUUCUGCCAGUGGGCUGCCUUGGCAGCUCAGUGCGGCGAUCGCUUCAAACAAAGGAGCUUUGAGCAUGAAGUAUUUUAUAAUUCAUGAAUGAAAGUCCCCUUUAUUUGUUCCAAUGCUAAAUCCUAGUGUUUACCAUCACUUUAACAUCACAGUAGCUAAAAAUGCUAAAGCUGUUUAAUUUGAUAUUGAAGUUAAAAUUAAAUUUGAUGUUUAAAGAGAGAUAAAACACAAAAUUGUUCUUUUGUGACUGAGACAGCAUGCCAUUUUUAAAAAGUUUCCAAUUUUACUUCUAUUCUCAAUUUUGCAUUGCUUUCGUGUUCUUUGUUGAAGAGAUACCUAGGUAGGAGUCUAAAGCACUAUUAUGGCAGGAAAUUGUGCUGCCAUGGAUAGCAUUCCAGCAAAACUGCUUCCAUAUAAGCUCCAUACACAUUCCUGCUCCUGAGCUUUUUCUGCCCUGCUUUUCAACAAACAAUAUAAAAAAUUGAAGUAAAUUAGAAAGUUGUUUAAAAUUGCAUGAUCUAUCUAACUCCUAAAAGAAAGAAAUUGGGGUUUGCGUUGCUUUUAAUAAAACUCAUUUCUAGGAAUUAAUUUAUUGGUGGCUGCCAAGAACAACCACCAAGGUAUGAAAGCCCAAAACAUGGCAAUAUUUAUUAACAAUAAAUAUGGUUGUGUACACUAGUAUUUUGAUGAUUGAGGUGUUUUUUUUUUUUAAUCCCCUAUUCACUUUUGGGUGAUAGUCUUUUAAAUGAAUAAAUUACCAUUUACAGUUAUUUUAAAUACCUAACUGGUGUUUUAGACCUUAUUUUGUUGUGGAACUGUGUGGAAAGUCUUUCUUUUGUGUGUUUUUUUUUUUUUUUUUUUUUUUUUUUUAUUCUCUUUCCUCUUUCGUUGUCUCUUAAAUUUUAUAUUUCAAUUGUUUGCUGUGCUAAUAUUACACGGCCUGGCAUAUGCAGAUGUCUGAGUUGCUUCACUACCUAGUGAGUUAUUAAAGCCUUGAGUCUUCUGUGAAUAACUUUUUGUUCUCUGUUUGUUUUUUUCAUCCACUUGUUUUUCAGGGUUCUUUGACAUGCCAUUAAACGGUGCUGGCAGGUUACAUGUGACAUGACAAAAAUUAACCAAUGGGUCAGCAAGAUGGCUUCUGAAACACCUGGAUCUACAGUGUCAGUGGUUGGACAAGUGUCUGUUGUAGGGAAAUCUUCACUCCACAUGGUGGGGUACAUGGGAAAAAAUUCAGAAUCCAGCACUUUUAUUACAGAUGGAACUUGCCCCGCAUGCAGGUCCAAAGGCCACGUACAGUCCCUCAAGACUUAUCGCAUUAGUUUUUCUCAGUCCAUUUUCCUGUGCGGUAAUUCUCAGUGUAUUUAUCCAUUGGGAUACACACCUUUGGAUAACAUAAUUGCAAAUACUGCUGACUUACAGAAGCACCACAUUUCAACUAAAUCUAGAAAACGGAGCAUAUUGGAGACAUCACUAACCUCCAACAUUAAUGCGAAGAAAUUAAAGAUUGAUGCGCCUCUCUGUGGGUUAAAUCUCCCUGAUGAUUCUCUCAGAAGAUAUGAAGGUCUGAAAGCUUCUAAGACACCAAAUGAGAAACCAAGCAAUUGUCAACCUUUGCAAAAUGGUGCUAAGGAGGACAGAAUGCUUCAGGAGCAGAGCACUGUGGAAAUGACUUUACGUUGUGAAAUAUCUGGCUUACAUGUUAACCAUAUAUCUCAAUCUGCAUAUGAAGUACCACUUUGUGAACUUUCUGGUUCACAAGAUGUGUUGCAGGGAAUUCCAAAUGGGUUUCAUGAAGGAGCAGCACAAGACAAAUCUCUGGACGUGACCAAUUCUAUUCAGAAUGGUUUUCAUGUGUGUCUGGAAACGGCUAAAAAUCCAGUCUGCAAAUCGUCAAGUCCACAUAGAAUAUUAAAUGUCCAUGAAAAACAAGAGAGCCAAGAAACUUGUGUAAAGAUGGAAAAAAGUGUAGAUGUAAAUAAGCAUGAGCUUUCAUUAGCACAUUUAUUGAAGGAAAAUCUUCCUGAACAGCAAAAUAUGGUAAAAGACAGAACAUUGGUGGAUAUGUCGACUCCUAGUUGUAAUGAUGUUGAAGAAAACAGUUUACAACUAUCAGUAGUUCAUGGAUUAAACUGUGCAGUUGCUGCACCAGGUCUUCUAGUACCGGACAAUCAAUUGGGGGAGUUGAAUACUUCGUCCUGUACCAGUUUUUUGCAGGACACUAAGCUUCAAGAUGAUGCUAAAACUGCUCUUACAGAAGACAGCACUGGUAAAUCUCCAAAAAUGUUUGAGUCAUCCAGUCAUGCAGCUGUGAACGAUUGUUCCCUUUCAACCAGCUUGUCCCCGGACCCUCACUUUAAGCAGCAAGUUGAAGAAAUGGAAAUGUCUAAUACCCUGACCAACGGAGAAGUGGUUGAGAGAGACUGUGAUAUAAAUACACCCGUUACAGAGCACGACAGUCAAGAAAAUGUACUUGAUUCUUCACUUUCAACCAGUUUGUCACAAGAUAUUCUACCUGAGCAGCAAGUUGAGGAAAGUACAUUGAUGGAAACAGCCACUUCCUUGUGUGAAGAAGCAGAUAUAAAAAACAUCAAUAGUAUGACUCAGGUUAUAUCUCCAUCAGAGAGUUUAGUUGCAAAACCACCUUUCUUUGAACAGAGGUGUCCAGAAAGUAUAAUUGAUCCACUCUCAACAUGUGUGUUGGAGAGCACAAAUCUUAAACAGCAACCUGAAGUAAUGUCAGGUUCUUUGUGCAGUGAAACAGUUCAUGUGGCUCUGUCACCAGAUUCUGCAAUUAAAGGACCAGAAAUGGUACUUAUCCAAGAGGAAAGACUAUGUGAUACUUCACUGCCAGCCAGCUUGUUGCAGUCUGAAAAUCAAAUAGACAAAAAUACCUUGAAUGAAAUGCCUUGUGCGAACACAGUGCCAGAUUCUAGUAAAUCUGAAAGGGUUAUGGAUUCUUCCUUAAUGGAAUGUGAAAUGUCUGAGUCAUGUUCUGUGUUACAAGAUGAUCUUAAUGAGGAUUUUAAAAAUAUAAAACAAGAUGAGGUUAUGGAAGUAACUGACCAAGAAUGUAUCAAAUCAGAUAUGGCAGAUACGUGUUCUUUGCCUGGGCAGCUCACUCUGGAAAAAAACCUGCAGAAGCCCACGGGUAGUGUUGAAAAUAAAGAUUCUCUACAGCCGCAGUCCAAUAGUGUAAAGAUUUCUUCACCUACAAACAGUGUGCAAUCUGAUACCCACCAUAAUCAUAUUCAGUGGAGGAACAAAUACUCUCUGUGUUGGCUGGAUUGCAUCAUGUCUGCUUUAGUGCAUUUAACAACUCUAAAGCAUAAUGUGAGCAUGGAAAGUGCUGAUGAGAAUUCUUCAGUUCACCAGCUCUACAAAAAAUAUUAUGAAGCCAGUUCAUUGCUGACAUCUAGUGUCCUGAAAAGCAAGAGAGAGCAUGCAAAGAAGCUUGCUUCAGCUGAGAGGUGUAUGAACAAAAUUAGAAGUGACAUUUUUAAUAGAUUAAAGCCCAUUUUAAAAUGUAAAUUGGGAGUCCAUGAAAGCCCUGUCUUUGCAUUUCCUUUACUUUUGCAGCAGGACCCAGCUGUGGAGAAGCUUUUUGUUUGCUCCUUCUACUGGAAGUUUGCAUGUAAACACUGUGGACACAAACAGAAAGAAAAAUGCCAGAAAACAUUAACCACUUUUACAAAUAUAUCCCAGGAAUGGCACCCUCUGAAUGCUGUUCACAGAGCACCUUGCAACAACUGCCAAAAUUCAGCUCAGGAACGUGUAAUGGUUUUGGAAAAGAUACAUUCUAUAUUUAUGCUUCACUUUGUGGAAGGAUUGCCCCAUAAUGAUCUAAAUAGUUAUUCAUUUCAAUUUGAAGAAUACACAUAUAAAGUUAGUGCUGUGAUUCAGUAUCAAGCCAACCAUUUUUCAACCUGGAUUAAAAAUGAUGAUUCUUGGCUUGAGUUUGAUGAUCUGAAUGGGCCAUUUUGCAAGUCACACAAGAGUUUUAUUGUCCCUCCUGCAGAAAUCCAUAUUGUCAUUUGGGAAAGAGAGUCCUCACAAAUUACUGAAGGAAAGUCACCUUGUACAGUGGAUACGGAAAACAAAUCAUGUACUGCAAAUAACCAAGUCCUUGCAUCUCCCAAUAACGGCUUGAGUCCAACUGCUUGCAACACAUUACCAGCUAAAUCUGUACCUUCAAAUGCUGCAGCAAUGCCAAGUGAUUCCAAUUGGCUUUCAGGGAUGGAGGGUUAUGCUGAUGAUGACAUCAUAACAUUGACUCUUGUAGAAAUUCCAGUUGACUCUCAGGGCAAUCCAAUCGAAGAUAAUGUCAUACCAGACACUCCUAUUCCUGUAUCACAAGUACAAUCAAAAGCUACAGGUUUUCCAACAGAAUCUUUUUCAGGUAAUGCACCUAGUGAUACAUCUAAUAACUGUAUGCUUAUGCCUGAAUGUAUGGGUGAAAAGCAAUCUAGUAUUUCAGCAAGUGAAUCUCCACCUACCAACACUGAACAUUUAUCUCUUGCGAUUAAGACCAUAAAUCCUAAGCCAGUUGCUAAUGAAAAGAAAGAUGAUAAAAAGAGUGCCAUCUCUGAUAAAUCAUCUGCAAAUGGUUUUUCCUGUCCAAUGCCACACAGUACAAAAAAAGGUGUGGUCGGCAGCUGGAUGAAGAGCUUACUAAACAAAAAUCCUUCUUUUCUGAACACCAGUUUGUCUUGUUCAAGCAAGAAGAACCCUGUGAACUAUCAGAAGUUAACUCCACUGCUAAAAACAACUGAUGUAAAUGUGAUUGCUAAGAAAGCAGAAAAUUUUGGUGGCUUUAAAGUCAAAGGCAUUGUGAAAAAUAAAGUAGACUCCAACACAUCCCUAAUCGAUAUUAAGAAUAAUUCAUCUCUUAAAUUACCUGUCCCAAAAGAUGAGUCUUCUACUCCUUUAGGAACUUUUCUUGUACCCACUGUUUCAAAACCGCUAAAACACGGACGAAAUGUGUUAGAUGACAGUAAGUCUGCAGCAAAUGACACCUCUUCUAAUGAGGAUAAAAUUCGAAAGCUUCGAGUGAAGCUACUAAAAAAAUUAAAAGCAAAGAAACAUGAAUUGGCAUCUCUUGAGAUGACUGCAAAAGCUCAGUCUAAUAAGCAAGGUGGUCACACAAAUCCUAAAUCUCAUCUCAAUAAUAGCAAUUUGCAUGACUUUCUACAGGAACUACAGGACCAUAUAGAUAAUGUGGACAAUGAAUCUGUAUGUACGAUGAGCUCUAGCACAUCUAUUUGUAGUAGUCCAGGGGAUGCAGAAUUCUUUGCAGAACUUUUUUCUCCGACAGCAGAUUCCACAAAAUAUGCCUCUGAUGAUACUAGAUUCUUAGAAAUGUUAGCUGAUGGUUACAGUUCAUCCAUACCAAAUCAUACAGCUCACUCCUCUAAUGAAAGCUUGCACCAAAUACAAGAACAUGACUAUACCAUGAUCAGCAUGUCUCUUCAGCAAGAUAAAUCUGAAAAUACAUCCAGCCUGAAACAUAACAGCAGUGACAGUUCCAUUGGAGAGGAAACCGUGUCUGAUUUCCUUUCUCAAUCUGCAAUGCAUUUGUUAAACACUGAUGAGGAAUAUUUCCCUCCUUUUGAUGACAUCUUUUAAAAUGCGUAUGUUAAGCUUUCUUUGUCUGACUGUGAUCAAAUCUUAUGUUUACCCCACCAUUGGAGGCAUCUAGAUUUAGUUUUUUGCAAAUUUAGUAAGCACUUUUGAGUUUGCUAUACUUCUAUUGGCUUCUCGGGAAAAAAAACAAUAAAGCACUAAAAAUAUCAGUAUGUUCUAGUUCCUGCUGCCUUAUGGAUGAUUUACUGCAUUUAAAAAACAAUAUUAACAAUUUUGUUUGUUUUGCAUUUGCCGGCUUUAUCCAUUCAGAUUCUGAUUUUGUAUGCAUGUUGUGUGCUGACCUGCACAUUGAUCUUGUAGUGCUUAAUCUGAACCAAGUCAAAGGGUCUAUACUUACUAAAAUAUUAAGCAAAUAAUGUGUAUGUAUGUAUUGUGUAUAAUGAUUGUAUAUUAGUUUGUCAGUACGUAUUAUGUAACACUUUUUAGAGAUGUUAAAGGACCAUUUAUAAUGCAAAUAAUUACUUGCCCUACUUUGCAUAAUUUUGUCUUCUGACUGCAAUUGUUAAACACACAGUUAAAGUACCGCUCUGAGCUACAGAGAACUGUUGUCCCCAAGUGGACACAGCUGCUGAUUGGAUCAUCUGCAAUGUCCACACAGUAUCAGCAAUUCUCUGUCUCUCAAACAAUACUUUAACUGUGUUUAACACAGAUUUGCAGAAUUAGUUGUACUAAAACUAAACAGUUGGAGCAUGUCGUUUUUACACUAUAAUGUUCCUUGUAAAGGGACUGUCCAGACAAAGAUUUUGAAUAAAAACAUUUUCUUUUUUUGCCACGCACUUGUAUUUAAAAGCUAUCACUUUUUCAGCGAGAGAUUUUACUGUGCAUAUCUAGGUAUGCUCAUUGCACAUUUUAGCAGUGUCUCUGCAUAGCCAGCCUGCACUUUGUAUCACGUUGGCAGUUGAUAUGCACAUUAACCCCUUAAGGACCAGCAACGUACCCUGUAUGUCGCUGGCCUUUUUUUGGGACUUGAUUGUUUUAUAGCGCGGUCUUUCCACCAGCAUUGAGACUGCUCUAUUCCACAAAGCCUGCUCUAGGGAGGGCAUUAAUAGCGUGUUCUUGCUAGACUUGUGCUAUUAUGUCCUGAAAAACCCCUUAACGACCAGUGACAUACAGGGUACAUUGUGGUCAUUAAGGGGUUAAAACCUCAGUGAUAGAACAAAAUGUUUCUAGUAUAAGCUAUCACAAGUGUUGCAAAAAUACUUCUAUUCAGAAUUGAAAUGUACUGAUGUGGGUUUGUUUGGACUGAAAUGACCCUUUAUUUCAUUAUUACAUCUAUGGGGUUGGUUUCCUUAAAGGGACACUAAACCCAAAUUUUUUUCUUUUGUGAUUCAGAUAGAGCAUGACAUUUUAAGCAACUUUCUAAUUUACUCCUAUUAUCAAAUUUUCAUAAUUCUCUUGGUAUCUUUAUUUGAAAUAGAAGAAUAUAAGCUUAAAUGUCGGCUCAUUUUGGUGAUAAACCUUGGAUGUCCUUGCUGAUUGGUGGAUACAUUCAUCCACCAAUCAAAAACAGCUGUCGAAUUCUGAACCAAGAAAAAAGCUUAGAUGCCUUUUUCUUUUUUCAAAUAAAGAUUUCAAGAGAAUGAAGAAACUUUGAUAAUAAGGUAAAUUAGAAAGUUGCUUAAAAUUGCAUGCUUUAUCUGAAUCACAAAAUAAAAAAUUGGGUUCAGUGUCCCUUUAAGAUUGCUUAUUGCACUGUUGAAGUCUGCUCUAAAUAGUUCCAGUUGCAUAUUGUUGUAACUAUAUAAAAGCUUGUUACGUAUUUGCGAAAUACUAUAUGUGGUAUUCCAUUAAUGUUUCUUUUGCGUGUUACUGUACAGUUUGGAUGAUUAAAAGUUUUAAUAAAAGUUAAAUAUUUUGCACAGA